UCUUCGCCUGGCUCAACAGCUGGGUGGAACUUUGACAAAAAAAAAAAGUUGCUUCAAUGACAUUUUCUAUAGGGAUGGCUCUUUGAGGGUGAGACGAGCCAGUUGAUAAUAUUAAGUCGGGUUUUUUUUUCCGUUGUGCCAUGGAUUUUAAUGUAAAGCGGCUAGCCGCAGACGCCGGUACUUUCCUGAGCCGCGCGGUACAAUUUACAGAAGAGAAGCUUGGUCAGGCUGAAAAGACUGAGUUGGAUGCCCACUUGGAGAACCUUUUGGUCAGAGCUGAGAACACCAAGCAAUGGACAGAAAAGAUUUUGAAGCAGACAGAAGUCUUACUACAGCCCAACCCGAAUGUACGGCUAGAAGAAUUUGUGUAUGAGAAACUGGAGAAAAAAGCCCCCACACGUCUGAACAACCACGAGCUGCUGGGACAAUCCAUGAUUGAGUCGGGGAAUGAAUUUGGUCCUGGAGCCGCCUAUGGAAAUGCUCUGAUAAAAUGUGGUGAGACGGAGAAGCAGAUUGGCGGGGCAGAGCGGGAGUUCAUCCAUAGCGCUGCCAUCAACUUCCUGACACCGUUCAGAAAUUUUUUAGAGGGCGACUUCAAAACUAUUCUGAAAGAGAGGAAGCUGCUGCAGGUCAAACGCCUGGAUCUGGAUGCAGCCAAAACCAGACUAAAGAAAGCCAGGAUGGCUGAUGCUAGAGCUGCGGCAGAGCAGGAACUCAAGAUGACCCAGAGUGAGUUCGACCGCCAGGCAGAAAUCACCAGACUGCUGUUAGAAGGCAUCAGCAGCACCCAUGCGCACCACCUACGCUGCUUGAAUGACUUUGUGGAGGCUCAGACUACUUACUACGCACAGUGUUACCAGUACAUGGUGGAUCUCCAAAAGCAGCUUGGCAGUUUCCCCUCAUCGUUCUCCAACAACAACCAGUCGUCAGUGUCGGGCGGGGCCAGCAUCUCGGUGCCCACCAUACCGGUGAACGCCUCCCUGCCCAGCGUGUCUGCAGGCCACGGCAGCUCAUCGGCUUCAGGUGGAUUCAGUGAAUUGCGCAUCUCCAACGGCAGCCGGAAAGCCCGGGUUCUUUAUGACUACGAUGCUGCCAGCAGCAGCGAGCUUUCCCUGCUGGCUGAUGAGGUGAUUACAGUCAGCAGCGUCCCAGGCAUGGAUUCAGACUGGCUCAUGGGCGAGCGAGGCAACCAGAAAGGCAAAGUGCCAAUCACCUACCUGGAGCUGCUUAACUGAGACCCACAAUCCCCCCUCUCUCUCUCCCUUUCCAGCCCUCUGUAACCAGCUGUGAUCUCAUAUUUAUCUGCAGGAACAGGCGUCGCUUUCUCUUCCAUUCGGCCAUUUUACAAUGAGAUUUAUUUGUAGGAAGGAGGAGUGUGGCUUGUCGCAGGCUGGAGUUGGAGUGAAUAAAAUCGAGAGAAGGGAA